AUGUCCCUCCCCCAAGACCUCCUGACUCGGCUGGAGAACAUUAAUCUCGACAAAGAGCGUCCACAUCCACUCCUCUCCCGCCAUAUCCUGACCCUCCACUAUCCUUGCCCAAGUCUCAUCAUCCACGACAAGAACACUUUGAUCUACCUCGAUGAGCCCUCAGAUCUAGACUUCCGACCUGAUCCACAGGAAGUGCUCGAUCAGAUCGAAGACAUUGACACCAACUUCUUUGCAGUGCUCAGGCCGCCAGCAGAACGCCGCACCAGACGCGACGCAAAAGGAAAUGAUCUCGUCGCUGCGAUUGACUACAUAUCGAGACGACCAGGCACGGCAAGGCUCGAAGCAGUGCGAUGGUUCGAUAAGCAAUGGGGAGAUGUCAGGACGAAAUUCUGGCUAGCAACGGAGUCUGGUGAAGAUCGUCAUGCGAGGACGUAUGUGCUGACGGAGGCUCAGUGGCAGGACUUGCUAAGGAGCAAGGACGAGCUGCCCUGGGUUAGAGUUCUCGCGCAUCUGGUGAUGAGGUCCUCGGUCGCGGCACUUAAACAUGUGCAUGAUCGACUGGCAACUGUUGAUGCUAGGAGAAUCUCAGAUGCUAAAGUCAGCAAGGAGUGGAACUCGUUCGCACCUCUGUUCUCACACACCGAGGGCGUGGAGGAGGUGCGAUUCGCCGAAUUGGCGGCGGAAGUCUUAGCUUUCGUUGAAAAGCAAAGAAUGUUUGAAGAGCUUGAUGGCAUAGAGCUGGUGCGGUUCACAAAAUUGCAUAGACUCCCCUCGAGGCACAUUCACGAUGCGUUGCAGCUCGCAUAUGACUCCCUAAAGACACCCGAGCACGUGAGACCGCAGAGUCUGGUAUUCGAAGACAUGCUUGAGUCGAAGGUAGCCAUGGAGGCACUUGAGGUAUAUUUGCAGGGUGAAGACUUUCUUCCGCAAGCCACGCCGUAUACGAUCUUGCGUAUGCUGCAGUGUCAAGUCAUGUCCGCGACCGUACAAGAGCCCCUUGAUCUGGCAGCUUUCUUUGCUUUCGCGGUUGCGUGA